UAGCAAAGCAGAAGGUGUGUCCUCAGCUUUCUAAACAUAAUAACACCAGUGGAAACUCUUCACUGCAGAACGGAAAGAAAGAGAGAGACAGUAUUGUUGAAGUGAAACCCAACACAUUUUAAAUGAGUCUGGAUUACUUCCAACUACAACAGCAUAGGCUGUAAACUUCACAAUAGGUCACUACCCUUAAAGCAGACACAUCCGGAUCCCUGACAGCUGUCUGAUCACAGGUCUCACCCAGAAGUAGCCAAAACUUUGAUCAGAAUAUAAUUAGGAUGAGCGGCAGACUGCUCCUCCUCACUCUCUCUAUUCUCUCUGACCCGCUGAGCUGCCAUGGCUUCAGAAUUUGUGCCUUUAAUGUUAAAAGCUUUGGUGAUUCAAAAUCAGUCAAUGACAAAAUCAUGACUUCUCUAUCAAGGAUUGUAUCUCGCUGUGACAUAUGCUUGCUCCAGGAGGUCAGAGAUCAGAAAAAUAAAGCCAUCCCACGACUGCUUGCUGCAGUCAACAGACUUAAUGAUAAUGAUUAUGACUAUGUGGCAAGUAAACGUCUCGGGAGGACACAAAACUAUCAGGAGCAAUAUGUUUUUGUUUACAGGAAAAGCACAGCGAAGCUGAAAAACCAGUAUCAGUAUCCAGAUACACAGAAAGGGGAUGUAGAUGCUUUUUCCAGAGAACCAUUUGUGGUACAUUUUCAAGCCCCUAAAACAGUGGCCAAGGAGUUUGUCUUGAUCCCGCAGCACACCACUCCCUCAAAUGCCACCAAAGAGAUUGACGAACUCUAUGAUGUCUUUGUGGACAUUAGAGCACGGUGGAAAAUUGAGAAUGUGAUGUUCCUUGGGGACUUCAAUGCAGCUUGUGGUUAUGUGGCUAAAAAGAACCGUAAGAACAUCAGGCUCUUCUCUGACCCGUCUUUCAUCUGGCUGAUUCAGGAUAACGUGGACACUACAGUGAAACAGACGACUGACUGUGCAUAUGACCGAAUUGUUGUGCACAGAGAGCAAUUUCUCAGAACAAUUGAACCGAUUUCAGCACGGCCGUUCAAUUUUCCCAAGGAAUUCCACCUUACAGAGGCUGAGGCCCUAGAAGUGAGUGAUCACUACCCCAUCGAGGUGCUCCUCAAAACUCAGAACAUGUUCUUCAAAGGAAACAGCAAAGCUUCGUGUCUUCUGCCUACAUCGUUUGUUCUGAACAUCUUACUGCUACUGCAAAUGAUCAUAUGAACACGAAUGAACCAGAAGUGGAUUAUUCAUCUCACCUAGAUGAAGUAGACUUUACUUUGCUGUUACACAGCUGUUAUGUACUUGAGCUUAUACAGAUCCACAACUGCAUCUUCAGGAUGUGCUGGAUAGUGGAUGUGACUGACCAUUUUUUUUAAUAGCUUCUAGAAAUUAUGAAAUGAUCAUUGAGAAUUUAUUUUUGAUAAAUACGUAUAAUUUUGCUUUGAUUCAUCUAAGUUAAGAAACCUUGGAGUUAUGAUUGAUGAUCAGCUGACUUUCUCAGACCACAUUGCUAAAACUGUCCGGUCCUGCAGAUUUGCUUUAUUCAACAUCAAGAAGAUCAGGCCCUUUCUUU